AUGAACUUGAACGACAUCGCUCGUUUGAAGGGAUGUACCUUGAAAGGACGCAGCCUGGAAGACGUCCUGUGGCUGUUCCGCUGUGGAUUCCCUCUUGGGUGGAGCUCUACCGAUUUCGUCGUUCUUUUGUGUGGACGAGUUGAAUUCUCGAGCCUCGCAAAAUACUUCAUCGCCGAAGGACUCUACUCAGGACAUGAUGUGCUAGUGGUGGAUCCCGUAGACGGAGACAAGAUCUGGAAAGGAGUUCCCACCAGGAUCGAAGGGCAACCUGCGUCUGGGAGUUCCUCCUCUAUUCCGCCAGACCAUCCAGAGGAUCUACGGAUAGCGUUUCGUUACGCUGCUAAGCCUCAAGUAAACUCGUCUGUUGGCGAGAAGAAUCGCUACGAUCUUGGAAAGCCGCUCAACACAGAGAUGUUUUCUUCUCAAAUUCUUCGCUACGAUGGGUCACUGUCUUACGAAGCACUCUAUGAGCACAUAGUCGAUUUGUGUAGAAACGAGCGGUACAGUAUGACCAGAGGUCCUACAAAGAACCUAUUAAGGAUUGUCAUUAGACACCUUGGAUCACCUAUCUGGAGCGACUCGUCCAGCUUCUCAGCGUUUCUCGUCCGCAUUCGGCCUCUGCUGCGGAAGUCCUAUGUGGUGCUGUUCGCUACAUCUGAAAGCGAAACGAUGUUCAGGAAACAUUCUGAAGAGCUUUUUGUAACAGCUGACUUGGUUUCGAUUUCUGAGGAAGAACAAAAGAAGUUAAGCAGUUUGGAUAAAUAUCACGGCUAUUUGAGGAUUCUACGAUUACCCAGGAUCACGUCUGUUGGCACUCACAAUCCACCUGUAGAUCUGGUGUUCACUCAGAAAAGAAACUCGUUCGACGUCUCGAUCCUUCAUCUACCUCCUGCCGUCGCUGAUGGCGACAAAAACCCCAAAACCCCGUAUGAGCGAUGGUGCUGGAGGCUGUGGAAAGCAAAGCAUUCCGUUAGCUCUCUUCUCUUGAACACAGAUGCUCAUGCAGCAGCCAAAUCAGAACGGAAGAUGUCGAAAGAAAAUGGAGUGGUUCAUCGGAAGACAGUCAUCACCCUAGGCUCGACUGUGUCAAGACGAGAAGAAUGGUCGGCGCAGUUGCGAGAAGUUGGCAUCAGAAUAAAGCAUUUCUCUUCUCGUACCAAAUAUCUGAGAGCUGUAGCGUUGGGCAUCUUCAUAGUCAAUCAAUCCUUUCUGGAAUCAUGCCAAAAAAUAAAGUCUCAUGACGACAUCGAUAGAGUGGCUCAAGAAUGCAGGCUUCCGCGUUUUGCAGGACUAACGAUCGCCUUCCUAGCUUUAACCAUGAUGAAUUGUUUGGAGACCAUCUCCACACACUCAGGUGGUCACGUAAGCACAUCAACGAAUGGAGCAACUCAUGUAGUGGUCGCGCCUGAUUUACGGCCACCAGCAUCAUGUCAUGGGAAAUACCUUGUCACUAUGGAUUGGUUCCGAGAGAGUAUGGAUUUGGGAUGGUGUGCAAAUGAGAAAUGCUUCGAGUACAAAUGGAUAGAGCCGGCAACGCGGUUGCGACCACGAAAUAGUUUUCUGAAGUUUCAACGGAGAAGGCGGGCGGAGUCAAGUGCGAAGAAGUACAAGCGUUACCAGCUGUGUUUGGAACUAUUCAAAACGGAAGUCAAUUGCUUGAAAGCAUCGGAUUUUUUAGUGAGAAUUUUCGAAGAGAACGUAUAUGUGCCAGCGGAAGCGAACGACAUAAUGUUUGGUGUGUACGGAGUGAUGCGGAAGGCCCACGACAAAAUUGUACAGAGAAUGGGUCAAGUGCUGGACACAUGGAACGAUCACAGUACUGUUGGAGAUAUAUUCGUUGAGGAGUCUCCAUUCCUCAUAGAAGCCUAUUCACCAUUACUUCCAUGCGUUGGAAACUUCGUUACAAUAUCUGAAAGAGAACAGAAAGAAGAAAUUGAAUGGAAAAUCCGAAACCAAACGACCACGCUCGACCCCGAUUUUGAGCCUUUGGGAGAUGCCAUAUCGGUGAUUGACCGGAUGACGAUCAAUGAAAGUAAAAGACUUGGAGCGGAAAGCGAAGCGAUUUUCAGGAAAAUACAGGAUCUGCCAGGUCACAUUUUGAGAUCACCUCGGCAGUUUGUUUGCGCCUUGGAAUUCCUGUCAAUACCAAAUGGCGAUAACCUUUGGAAUUGUUAUGUUGUGGAGCUGCUCCUUUUCAAGGACUGUGUU